GUGGCCCAAACACGAGUUCCUCGUCAUCUUCUCUGUCUGGUGUUGGCAUGGUGGUUCUGUUUCACCUUUCAUUCUAGUUCCAACUUCACCUUCUUCUGCAAAUAUGAAGCUGUCCCUCAAGUUUCAGGGCGAGGAUGAGAAUCAAAAGAGCACCCAGUCACAAAUUAUGAGCGCAAAGGUACCCAUUACUAUACUUAACAACCCCUUUAUUUCGGGAAUCACAGCCACCACCGCCACCGAGUUUUCCUUCUCACUCUCCACCAAUUAUCAAUCGGGUCCAUCCCUCAGAGUCUCUUACUCCCCAACCUCCUCUCUCCCUUUCUCUCUCUCGCUGAAAUCGGGGUUGGGUAUUUUGGGUUCUCCACGCCACUCUCCUCUCGUCUUCUCCGCCAAUUUCUCUCUCUCCCCUACCCACCCUCCGUUCCCUUCUUUCUUUCUACACUUCAAACCCCAAUUCGGUCACUUCUCUCUCAACAAAACAGUCUUCUCUGACCCCAACACCCACCCUCUCUCUGUCUCUCUUCCUCCCCCACCUUCUUCCCCUGAAAUCGAAAAGAGGUUUGUGCCUGACGGCGCUUCCUCGGCUUGGCAGGAUUUGAAAUUGGAGCCUCGUGGUGCCAGAGACAAAUCAGACCAUGAUUGUAUGGACAACUGCGACGUUGGGAAGAAGAACGAUGCAAAAUAUGGUGGUGUCGUUGGGGUUAGGGUUAUGGCUCGGACGGUGAUGCCCGUUACGAAAGGGUUCUUCUUGAAUUUUCGGUGGGGUGUAAAUUUUCCGGGGAAUUUGGGAUCGAAAAUGCCGUAUUUGACGGUGAACAAGAUAGGGUUCGAGAGGGUUGAGGAAGCCAAAGAGAAUAAUAAUAACAAACAGAGCAGGGACAGGGACAGUUCUGACACGGAUUUGCAGGUGUUGAAGGGUAUGUGUUUUUGGAUGAGAAGGGACUUGGAGAUUGUUGAAAACGAAAAUAGGGAGAUGAAGAGUGUGUUGGAUGAGAUGAAAAGGGAUGUUUCCAAUGGUGUUACUGGAAAGAAAUUGAGUGAAAGCUCUGGGGAGUUUCAACGUUGGAGAAGCAGCAACAAGAGUGGAAGACAAGAGGAUGAGAAAAAACAACCAAACAAGUCACAAAGCGUGGCGGGUGAUGUGGAAUCAGAGUUGCAGAAAGCCAUAAAGGCCGCUACCUCUUAGCAAGAUAUUUUGUGUUGCUGUUGAUGGCAAAAGAUGGAAACAACCUUGUUAUUUUUGUAGCUAUACGUUGUGCAGACUUUAAAUUCCAUCACUGACCAGGGAAGCUGCAUUUUGAGGAUGUACAAUAUCUACGACUAGGUGAUGUUCAAUUGCAGCAUCAGCAGUUAUAAUAUUUGGUUUACAUAACGUGAUUUACCAUAGAUCAGAAUGAUCGUUUUGUUGUCUUUAAAUCAAUCACAGACCCGCAACCGGAGGUUGCAAGGGGCUUUAUUUCUAGAGGUGAUUAGUACGAACACCAUUCCAGUUGCAGAGAAGAACUAAUCUUUCUGUAGUAAACCUGUUGGUUGUGUAAAACUAUUUUUCUUAACACAGUUUUUCAAUAAUUAGUAGUGUGUUAUGAUAAUUUAUUUAU